AUGGCCACGUCUUUAAAUAACUCCAAGGACCCCGUCGAAAGAUCCCAUUCCCCAUAUCAAGAUCCUCGUACACUCGGUCCCAAAUCCAAGAUUCUUGCAACCAGAACCUCCAAUUUCCACUCUACCUCUCUCAGAACAAUGGUCACCAAUACAGUCAACAAGACAGCUCUUCACCCUAGUGGUGUCCAGCCCUCAAAAGAGCACACUGAGCUCGAGGAAGAAUUGCAUGAAAAGGCACAUAUCGACUAUGAUCGUGUAGCAAUUGUACCCAACCCAAGUGUUGCAGCUCUCUACGAAGAUGCCCUCGUCUACGAAACUGGGUCUGCUAUGACCUCGACCGGUGCCCUCACCGCAUACUCGGGAGCAAAGACUGGUCGAUCGCCGUUAGAUAAACGUAUUGUCAAGGAGCCAACAUCAGAGAAUGAGAUCUGGUGGGGACCUGUGAACAAGCCGAUGACGCCUGAGGUCUGGAAAAUCAACAGAGAACGUGCUAUCGAUUACCUCAACACAAGAAACCGCAUCUACGUAAUCGACGGUUUUGCAGGAUGGGAUGAGAAGUACCGGAUCAAGGUCCGGGUUGUCUGCGCUCGUGCCUACCAUGCUCUCUUCAUGCGCAACAUGCUCAUUCGACCUAGUCGAGAAGAGCUUGAGCACUUCCACCCCGACUACACCAUUUACAAUGCCGGAUCAUUCCCCGCAAACAGAUAUACCGAGGGUAUGACCUCUGGUACCUCGGUAGCCAUCAACUUCGCGGAAAAGGAGAUGGUCAUUCUCGGAACCGAAUACGCCGGUGAGAUGAAGAAGGGCGUCUUCACAGUUCUCUUCUAUGAGAUGCCUGUCAAGCACAAUGUCCUCACUCUACACUCUUCUGCCAAUGAGGGCAAGGAUGGUGAUGUUACCGUUUUCUUCGGUCUUUCUGGUACUGGCAAGACCACUCUCUCAGCCGACCCCCAGCGUAUGUUGAUUGGUGAUGACGAGCACUGCUGGAGUGACCGUGGUGUCUUCAAUAUUGAAGGCGGCUGCUACGCCAAGUGUGUCGGUCUCUCAGCCGAGAAAGAGCCUGAUAUUUUCAACGCUAUCAAGUUCGGCUCUGUACUCGAGAAUGUUGUUUUCAGCCCAGAGACCCGCCAUGUUGACUACGACGACACAACUCUCACCGAGAACACUCGAUGCGCGUAUCCUAUUGAGUAUAUUGACAAUGCCAAGAUUCCUUGCUUGUCAACAAACCACCCCAGCAACAUCAUUCUCCUCACCUGUGAUGCACGUGGUGUCCUCCCACCUAUCUCGAAGCUUGACUCGGCUCAAACUAUGUUCCAUUUCAUUUCUGGUUACACCUCGAAGAUGGCAGGCACAGAAGAUGGUGUAACGGAACCUCAAGCCACAUUCUCUUCUUGCUUUGCGCAACCAUUCUUGGCUCUGCACCCCAUGCGAUACGCCAAGAUGCUAGCGGAGAAGAUCGAGCAGCACAAGGCUAAUGCUUGGUUACUAAACACCGGAUGGGUUGGUGCUGGUGCUACCAGCGGUGGUAAACGUUGCCCACUCAAAUACACACGUGCCAUUCUUGACGCCAUCCACUCGGGCGAGCUCUCAAAGGUGGAGUUCGAGACCUACGAGACUUUCAACCUUGCUGUACCUAAGACCUGCCCUGGUGUGCCCGCAGAGCUCCUGAACCCAAGCAACGCCUGGACUCAAGGAGGUGACAGUUUCAAGCAAGAGGUCACUAAGCUCGGUAGUCUCUUUGUUGAAAACUUCAAGAAGUACAAGUCUGAGGCUACAGAAGACGUUAUUAAGGCAGGUCCAGAUUUGACUACAGGUCCUGAAUAUGCCAGCAAAGCGGAGGAAAUGCAAGAUAAGCAGUACUACAUCCAGCACAUCUCAACAAUGACUAGCCCAACGACAGCGACAGCGACAGCAAGCAAGCAAGCAAACACACUGCACUCCACUGCAACUCAACCCAACCCUACCCAACCAAACCGUGCUGUAGAGGCUUAA